UGCAGCAUUAGUCUCAGGUUAAAUGUGAACUAAGCAGCUGUCACACUUGUGUGUGGGCACCCAGCUAACGACACGUACUCUUGUUUUAAGAGGCUUUGCCAUCAUGGCACGUGGGCAUCAGAAGAUACAGUCUCAGCAGAAAAAUGCCAAGAAACAGGCAGAAAUGAAGAAGGCCAAGGGUCAUGAUCAAAAGACGGCAGCCAAGGCCGCACUAGUGUUUACCUGCUCUGUGUGCAGGUCCCAGAUGCCGGACCCAAAAACCUUCAAGCAGCACUUCGAGAGUAAGCACCCGAAAUCUCCUCUGCCCCCUGAAUUAGAGGGAGUGGAGGCAUAAACGGUCACUGUGGACACCAAACUGAGUUCUUCAAGGCCCUGCACCAAUCAUGCACUUGUCUCAGUCUGACAGCAAUGGAUGAUUUGAUGUAAACAACAUGAAGAAACCGUUAUCGUAAUUUAGGCUUUAACAGGCCAAGUUGCCUUUGACGCAGUCCUUCCUUCCAUCCAGUCCUGUUUUUUGCUAGUGUUAAAUACACGAGGGGCUAAACCCAAAUUCUGGUUUUGAUUUCAGGCUCACUGACGACCUUUUUGAUCGGAGUGGUGAAUGAAAGUUUCUUGCUUCAUUCGCACAGUUUCUCAGAACAAACUCCUCACUGCCCAGAAUGUGUUGUGCACAUAGGAAUAUUUCUUGCUGCUAGAUCUUGUACCUCUUUAUCAGAAGCUUUAAUGGAUUUAAUGUCUGAUUAAACUUUUAUAGCCAGCAUGUCACAUGAGGUAAACACAGUGUGCUGACAGGGCAUGGAUUUGGAUUGGAUGGGAUAUAGAUGAAAUGUUCUAAUUUUUAGUUUGUUGCACCUGUUUUUUCAGUAAAUCAAUUUCAUUUGGCUUUGAAUGUUGAGUAUUGAACAAAAUAGAGACAGUGAGUUUUUUUUUUUUCUAAUAUCAGCUCCUCCACAGCGCUGUCUGCCCUGUUGUACUGCAAUGUUUCAUCUAGUUAAUCAGAAUUUUAUGUCAGGUCAUAAAGAAUGUGAAAAUUUGCCAGCCAUUUCCAAGCUGCUACAUGAAUUGCAAGUUAAUAAAAAUUUUACGGGAGCUUGUCAACAACAUUUGUACGCUUGGAAAAUGAAUUUAUGCUCCAAUGAUGUAUUAUAACAUUUUAUUAAAUUUUACUUUGUUGUA